AAUAAUCACAAACACAGUAUUAGAGUUCAGUAGCAGAACCUAGUCUGAUAUCUUUGAGAUUGAACGAACACCGAAUCUCAAGACGUAACGGCUUCUUGUGGACUUCUAUCCUGGUAGACUUGUCCCUCUGCAGUUGGCUGAAUUUACAAACCAAUCCUUGCUUUAAUCCCAAAAUAAGUCUGCCCUGAAACCUGAAUUCGUACGCUGCUACAGGAUCGUCAAUCCCUUAUCUUAAUUCUACCUUCCACAUAUUGGUUACCGGUACCUUUGUUUUUCUUCUCAAUCGGUUUCCCGAAGUACUCCCGAAUAUUCAGCUAAGAUCCCUACACAAGACAAAAAAUAACAAUUAUCGUUGCAUUCAAAUUCAUCUUGUUUACUAGUCAAUCAGUAAAAAAAAUCAUAGUAAGCGGUUCUAAUCCCACGAAAACAGAAGUUCGCGUACUUCAACGCAGCUCUCAUACCCAGAGAGAAUAAUUUCCUCAUCCCUGUUCAGAUGCUCGUCGGUAACAUGUUUAUAUCUCGACUUCAACGUGUCGCACUGUUGCUGGCUCUAAUAACCCAGUGCAGAAGCUCGCCUUUGACAAAAUUCGAGCCUCUAAUCCAUGGAUUAACUGACGUCAAGGCAGAAUUGAAUUGCAAUUCAAUACCAAAAGACAUAAUCGAUGAAAUUCAAGGCCAUCAAGCCGCCGCGGACGCCAUCAUCGACUACUUCUUGAACGGGCGGGGCAAAGGUCAGACUUAUGCCGGACUGCAGUAUUUCGUCGAUACUUUUGGAGCCAGACUCUCCGGCACGGCGACGUUGGAACAGGCGAUCGACUACAUGCUAACUCAGGGCGUCAUCGACGGCUUUGAUGCAGUUUUCUCAGAGCCUGUCAUGGUGCCCCAUUGGCAAAGAAACUCUGAACACGCGAUGCUGCUGCAGCCUCGUCGGCAGACGCUCAACAUCCUCGGUCUUGGCACGUCGGUAGCAACGCCUCCUGAGGGCAUCGUGGCCGACGCAGUCGUCGUCACGAGCUUUGACGAGCUUGAGAGUCUCGGCGACCAGGUCGCAGGCAAGAUCGUAGUCUACAACCAACCGUUCGAGAGCUACGGUCAGUCAGCCGAGUACCGCGGCGACGGGGCUGCGCGCGCAGCCAAGCAAGGAGCCGUGGCCGCGCUGGUUAGGUCUGCCACUGAUUUCUCCAUCGGCUCCCCGCACACUGGCCAUCAAAACUACCAGGAAAACGUGACCAAAAUUCCCGUGGCAUGCAUUACGCAGGAGGACGCUCUCACUCUACACAGACUUUAUACGUCCGGUAACCAAAUAACGAUCCAGCUGUACAUGGAAGCGGAAAACUUCCCGGACGCGCUCUCACGGAACUCGAUCAUCGACUACACGGGGUCCGCACUACCGGACGACCUGGUCGUCGUGUCGGGACACAUCGACUCCUGGGAUGGUGGGGUCGGGGCCAUGGACGACGCAGGCGGAGUAUUCGUGUCGUAUCACGCGGCGAAGGCGCUGAAGGAGAUCGGUCUACGACCGCGCCGGACGGUCAGAACUAUCCUGUUUACAGCAGAAGAGUUCGGCAUCAUCGGUGGCGAGGCGUACUUCGAGCUGCACAGGAACGAGAGCGCCCGCUACCAGCUCAUCCUCGAGUCCGACAUGGGGACGUUUGCUCCCCUGGGUCUGGGUGUGGGGGCAGGACCGGACGUGGCUUGUAUCUUGCAGGAGGUCUUGAAGCUCACGGCUGCCAUCAACACCACUGAGUUGGUGAUUUCUUUUGAUGGUCCGGACAUCGGACCCUGGGUCGCGGAGGGCGUUCCCAUUGGCUCCCUUUACAACGCGAACGAGCGGUACUUCUGGUUCCACCACGAUCACAACAACAUAUCCUUCUUCCUCUCAGUCUCCCAAUGCAACUCGAACGAGCGGUAUUACUAUUUCCGCCACAUAGCUCAUAGCAACACCUUCCUUUAUUUCACAGGCUCCCUUUACAACGCGAACGAGCGGUACUUCUGGUUCCACCACUCCGCCGGGGACUCGAUGGAGGUCGAGAACUCCGACGUACUUGACAGAAUCUCGGCGCUGUGGGCGACCGUGGCGUACGUCGCUGCCGACCUCAGCUUCAGCCUGCAGGACUUUCAAGGCUCAGUGCUGAACUUCCAAAAGCAAUGAUUCUUUCUUAUUUAUGUAUGUGUUCGGGUUCUUGUGAAUUGCUCAGGUAUUACAUUGAACGUUGACUACUGCUUCU